AUGAACGUUGACGUUGAGGAGUUGCUUGAGUCCAGUAUUAUAUCCGCCAACGAUGGUAGCAGUAGAAAACGCAAAGGAUAUACAAUAGAAGACCCCCUUGAAAAAUCACCUGUUGCAGAAAAAUUGGUAUUUAAGCAAAAGAAAUGUUCAGUUCAUACAGUUGCAGGAAGUGCUAUGAAAGAUAGUAAAGGUCAUUUUUCUGACAAUUCAACUGUAGCUGGAGAUAAACUUUCGGUUCUGGUUAUGAAACUUGACCCGGAAAACAAAAUUGUUCCUUUGAAGGUAAAUGGUGAAAUCGCAUCAAAGGAGAUCAAGCGGAAUUCAAGUCCAUUUAAUUCUCAUAACGAUUCAACAUCUAACGAAACAGAAAAAAGUGCAGAAUUACUGGUAGACAAAUCACCCCCUUAUUACACGCCACGAAGGAAAGGUAGGAAGAAUAAAGCGCCCUUCAGUCCGUUGCCUUGCACAGCACUACCGUGCGAUUCCGAUUUAGUAAAGUUGCCAGAAACAGAUACAGAUAAAAAUAUUCCAAAUGUUCACUCAGAUAGCAAUAGAUUAGAACCGGUUGAAUUACAGCCGCCUACGGUCUUACUUUCGCAGAGGUCAAUCGAAGAGAAGUUGAAAUCGCCGGAUCGUACGAAAUUUUUGUUAAAGCAACUGGAGAGUACACUCAGUCCAAAAUUUACAGAGCCGAGUAAAGAAAACAGUCGUCUGGUAAGUCGCUAUGGGCGUAUCCAAAAACAAAAAGAAAAUGCCGAUUACAUUCCGUUGGAUGUGGCAAGGUUUAUAACUAAAUCAUCACCUAAGGCUAUUAAACCAACAAAAAUAUUGAGUCCUGCUUCUUUUGAAGAGCAAAUUGCUGUCAUCGACUCCAUUGCCGAGACUGAGCAGUUUCCUGCUCCAAUCAAAACGCUAUUUGGCGAUGUUUCCGUUGAAGAACCUGUGAUGUGCUCAGAUCUUAUUGAAGAGCAUUCUUCAGCAUCUCCGUCAACUGAAACACAACAACCAGCUUUGCUAAGCGUUGCCGAUGAACCAACUUCAACGGAAGAUAUUGGAGCUUCUGUUGACAUACUUCAAAGUAUAGCUGAAAAAAAUCCUAAUACAUCCACCAGUUCCGAAAUUUUGGGAAUAGAUCAAAUCAAAAUUAUUGGCUUAGAAGCCAGUUUUGAUACAAACAGCGUCGGUAUAGCCGAACCGCCUACGUUAGAAUCUACGUUAACGCACGAUCUACCACCUAUACCUUUAGAGAAGUCACCGGAUGCAGAUAGUGCAAAAGGAUCAUCCAUUGACCAGUCGUUGAAUGAAGAGUAUAAAUUGGGACAACUCUAUUGGGGCGCCUUGAGUGGUAAAUCCAUGCAUUGGCCAUGCAUGAUAUGGAAUGAUCCAAAAACGAACAAAAUUGUCCAGCUGAAGAAUAAAAAAUACUUGAUUCACGUUGCAUUUUUCGCAGACAACGGACGUCAUAGUUGGAUAGCAAAACCGAUGCUCAUGCCAUUUGAAGGUUUGGACCAGCUAAAAACUACAGCUGAAAAUGAGCCACAUUUGAAAAAAAAGUUGAAAGAUGCUAUUCGAAAUCGCCCGAUAUGGACGGAAGCGGUAAGACAAGCGGAAGACAUGUUGCAAUAUCCACUAGAAUUUAGGGAACCGCGUUUUCGUGCGCUAAUAGAACUGGAAAAAUCCCAACCCAUCCGCAAACGAUCCAAAAGUCUCUCCGCUGGGUACCACAGCAAUAGUUUGGGUGAUUCAUUUGGUUCUAGUAGAAAACGACGACGUCGAUCGCCCACUCCGGAAAGUCCCGCUUUCGAACCAAUAGUUACCAAACGUAUAAAACUAGAGCAGGAUGAUUCGGAUUUGUUACGAAAUACUAUAUCUCGCUAUUUCCAGUCAAUGACUGACGGGAGCGAUAUACUAGAAACGGCAAGUGGUACCAGCAGCGAGUGUGAUGAUAUAUCUGAAAUGGCAGGAUUUGAUCGAACAGCCUAUAAUCAUUUACUGAACAUGAGUAGAAUGUACGUUUUUGAGGGUCAAACCGAGACCGAUAUCGACAAAAAGCUUCAGAAAUAUGUGCAAAAAAUAUGCUCUUUGAGGAUGCAACACACUGCCUCAGCCUUGGGUAAAGGUACAAACAAUGGAAGAACCUCCAACCGGCUACGUUCGCAGGCGCUGCGGAACUCUUUUUUGAAGUUUGAGGAAGAACUUGGUAUGGGACCGAUUAAAAAGGAACCCAGUUUGCCCGGAGUAUCGUCUGGUCCUAGCACUGCUAAGCUCAAGAAAGAACCGCUGACGCUGGAGCAAGCCUUCAUUUUUAAGUUGGAGAAAAAUUAUCUGCUCAAAGGUAUUUCGAAAGGGUUCGUUUGUGCCAUUUGUUGCAAACCAAAUGAUGUUAGCAAAUGCUCGAAGUGUCACAAUCACUACCAUCCGGGCUGUCUCACCGAUCAAGCGCAGGCGAUCGUCGAGUUCGCCCAAGCCAUCGAAAGUAAAACUUUUGUGUGUUCGGAUUGCCGAGAGCGGAAACCUCAUGUCUGCUUCGUUUGCCACGAUAAGGAUGAAUCCCUUAGCGAUGAGCGGAAACACCGCUGUACGCUGUCCGGCUGUGGCAAGUAUUAUCACAUACCGUGCCUGCGUCUGUUUCCUCAACAUAAAUUAACCAUAACUGGAAACUCUAGCACGUUGUUCUGUUCGUAUCACACCUGUCACACAUGUGUCUCGGAUGACCCACGGUCGAAUGUAACUACCUCCAAAGCGCAAUUGAUUCGAUGCAUCAAGUGCCCUUCGUCGUAUCAUACGGACGCAAAAUGUAUUCCAGCAGGCUCGCAAAUUUUGUCUACCGCUGCCCUAAUAUGUCCUAAGCACAGUCUUGAGCAGUGUUCAUUAAAUGUCAACUGGUGCUUCCUAUGUUGUAAGGGCGGUAGUUUGAUCUGCUGUGAAACGUGUCCAACAGCUUUCCACUUGGACUGCCUAAAAUUUAUUCCGCCUGAGGGAAAGUACAUUUGUGAAGAGUGCGAGUCGGGUCGAAUGCCGUUGUACAAUGAAGUAGUGUGGGCAAAAUAUUCCAAUUUUCGCUUUUGGCCAGCUUUAACUGUACCUCCGCCAGCAGUACCAGAUUCAGUGCUCCGGUGGCAACACGAAGAGUCCGAUAUAUGCAUAUUGUUUUUUGGAUCUCGCGAUUAUGGUUGGAUCAAUCGGCGAAGGAUUUACCUCUACCAGGAAGGAGAUUCGGACAGUGUAUCAGUGGGGAAAAUUGCUGGUAUUAAAGCCCGGUAUAAUGAAGCUCUUCGGGAAGCCAGAUUAGUACACGAAAUGUUACAGGCAAAGAAAGCAAGUGAAAAUUCCGACUUGGUUCAGGACUCGUUUAGACCACCAAUGUACGUGAAAAUAAAAAGCAACAAAUAUAUUCCACCAUUGAAGCAACCAACUUACAGCAGAGAUGCAGCGGAAGACAAUGUGUGUGAAUGUUUACCAUCGGAUGCAUGUGGAUCAGAAACAAAUUGUAUCAAUCGUGCGUUGAUGAUUGAGUGCAAUCCGAAGUCUUGUCCCACCGGGGAACUUUGCCAAAACCAGUGUUUCGAGAAAAAGAAAUAUCCUUCGUUGGCAGUGAAACGAAUACCCUGCAAAGGCUGGGGUUUGUUCGCGAUGGAAGAUAUCCCGGCCGGCAAGUUCGUUAUUGAAUAUGUCGGUGAGGUCAUCAACAACGAUGAAUUAGCGCGGCGGGUGCAACAGAAAAAGGAACAGAAGGACGAGAACUGGUAUUUUUUAACAGUCGAUUCGGAACUGACCAUCGAUGCAGGUCCAAAGGGUAACUUAGCCAGGUUCAUCAACCAUUCAUGCGAACCUAACUGCGAGACGAUGCUGUGGAACGUCAACGGCGCACAAUCAGUGGGCCUAUUCGCAUUAACCGAUCUAAAGACGGGCGAAGAGCUUACUUUUAACUACAAUUUCGAAAGCACCGGUGAUGAGAAAAAGAUUUGUCACUGUGGUGCUUCAAAAUGUUCCGGUUUUAUCGGUAAAAAGUACCGACCUCCGGCCGUGGAGGAGGAAAUCGGCGGAAAUGAAAAACGUCGAGGCAAGCAGACAAAUACCAAAAAGCUUAAAACUAGACGCCGCAAGAGUGCUGCUCGUGGUGUAGGGCUGGCUAAAAGAAAAAUAACCGCACUCCAAGAAGAGCCAUUGGAACUAAUAAAUGACAAAGAGGAGCAACCAAUCGAAUCAGUACACAUCAAGCAGGAACUGCUGAAUGGAGAAGAGAAAACCGAUGAGGACAUAGUACAGGCGAUUCAAUCGUAG